AUGACUGUAACGUAUUCACUCAAAGUGUCCCGGACAGGCACGUUUACCUUCCCACGUCUGCUGUUCAUGUGGAAAGGUAGCGUGUAUAAACUACUGUACAAAGAACUACUCAUUUAUCUCUUACUGUUUUACGCACUCUCUCUCACGUACCGGUUUGCAUUGACCGGUGCGUACAAGGCGGCUUUUGAACUGACCUGUUCAUUUUUCAAAGACUCACUACUUGACGCCAUUCCUCUCAGUUUUCUGAUGGGUUUCUACGUCAGCCUCGUUGUCAGUCGGUGGUGGGACAAGUAUGUAUGUAUCCCCAACACGGACGAAAUAUGCCAAGUCUUUGCCACCUUCAUCCGGGGUAGUGAUGACGUCACGCGAAUGCAGCGCCGAACACUCGUCCGCUGGAUCACAUUAUCUUCGGCAAUUGUGUAUACGUCUGUGUCAGCACCAGUAUUCAGGAGAUUUCCUACUACCAAACACUUGGUGCAAGCAGGUUUAUUGACAGAAAAAGAACAUGCAAUGUUUGAAAACAUGCCUACCCCACAUGUAAAAUGGUGGCUCCCCUUAUCUUGGUCUUGUAACUUGGUCGCACGACUCAAGGCAGAAGGGAAAAUAGAAAGUGGCGGGACGGCCGUGAUACAGAAAAUUCAGCUUCACCGAGCAUCCUGUGCCACCAUGAUGGACUAUGACUGGAUCGGUGUACCGCUGGUUUACACGCAGGUUGUCACCAUAGCAACGUAUACGUUCUUCAUAGCAAAAUUAUUCUCCUCACAAUUUUUGGAAUCAUCAACAGACCUCGACAUUUGGUUUCCCGUGAUUCUGGUGUUCGAGUUUCUAUUUUACUUUGGCUGGCUUAAGGUCGCCGAGGUUAUGAUUAAUCCGUAUGGAGGAGAUGACGAUGAUUUUGAAAUCAACUAUAUCCUAGAUCGAAUGUUUCAGGUAGGUCUGCUUAUCGUCGACAACUGUUACGAUCUGGUGCCUGAUUUGGAGAAAGAUAGAUAUUGGGAACUUCCUUUCUUUAGUCUUCCUAGCUCAAAGUCGGUAGAGUCUCUCAACCAAGGAAAGGCUUGGCUGGGUUCCACCAUUCCAGCCGGCUUUCAGACACUUUCAAAGGAAGUCAUGAGCUGGAGUGGGGUCACUACAAACGGGGCAAACGACAAAAGUAAUAAUGCUUCACAUGAUACACGCAUUUGA